CCUCCAGCCUCAGAAGGCCCCGGCUCUACAUCGGGGACUACUUGUCGUCGCGGAGGCAGACUGGGCGGUGCUGCCGUGCAGCCAUCUUUGGUCCAUUUCAUUUCAGCUGUGCUAGAGGCAGAGGUAGCGCUACCCCCGGGCACCUACCCCCAGGAUGGACGAAGAGUACGAUGUCAUUGUGCUGGGCACCGGUCUGACAGAAUGUAUCCUGUCUGGUAUCAUGUCUGUGAAUGGAAAGAAGGUCCUGCACAUGGACCGGAACCCUUACUAUGGCGGAGAGAGCUCUUCCAUCACCCCGCUAGAGGAGCUUUAUAAAAGGUUUGAGAUCCCCGAUGGGCCCCCUGAGAGUAUGGGAAGAGGACGUGACUGGAACGUGGACCUGAUCCCCAAAUUUCUCAUGGCUAAUGGCCAGCUGGUGAAGAUGCUUCUCUACACUGAAGUUACUCGUUAUUUAGACUUCAAAGUGGUGGAAGGAAGCUUCGUCUACAAAGGAGGGAAGAUCUACAAGGUGCCGUCAACCGAGACUGAGGCUCUGGCCUCCAACCUCAUGGGCAUGUUCGAGAAGCGACGCUUCCGCAAGUUCCUGGUCUUCGUGGCCAACUUUGAUGAGAAUGACUCAAAGACAUUUGAAGGGGUGGAUCCCAAGAGCACAACCAUGAGAGACGUCUACAAGAAAUUCGACCUAGGCCAGGACGUCAUUGACUUUACAGGACAUGCGCUGGCCCUUUAUCGAACUGAUGAAUAUCUGGAUCAGCCAUGCCUGGAAACUAUCAAUCGUAUAAAACUAUAUAGUGAGUCUUUGGCGAGAUAUGGAAAGAGCCCCUACCUCUACCCUUUGUAUGGACUUGGUGAGCUGCCACAAGGGUUUGCUAGGCUGAGCGCAAUCUAUGGUGGAACAUACAUGUUAAACAAGAGUGUAGAUGAGAUUGUAAUGGAGAAAGGAAAGGUGGUCGGAGUAAAGUCAGAGGGAGAGGUGGCACGUUGCAAGCAGCUAAUUUGCGACCCCAGCUACAUUUCCGACCGAGUACGCAAGGCUGGUCAGGUAAUCCGUGUCAUCUGCGUCUUGAGUCAUCCUAUCAAGAACACCAAUGAUGCCAACUCUUGCCAAAUCAUCAUUCCACAGAACCAGGUCAACAGGAAAUCAGACAUCUAUGUGUGUAUGAUCUCCUACGCACACAAUGUAGCGGCACAAGGAAAAUAUAUUGCUAUCAUCAGCACCACGGUGGAGACUCAGGAACCCGAAAAGGAGAUUGAGCCAGCACUGGAGCUGCUGGAGCCUAUAGACCAAAAGUUUGUUGCAAUCAGCGACCUGUAUGAGCCUACUGAUGAUGGAACGGAAAGCCAGGUGUUCAGUUCACGUUCCUACGACGCCACCACACAUUUUGAGACCACAUGCAAUGACAUCAAGGACAUCUACAAGAGAAUGACUGGAACAGACUUUGACUUCGAGAACAUGAAACGCAAGCAGAAUGACGUUUACGGGGAAGACGAACAGUGAAUUGGGCGUUUGGUUGGGGCAGGGUGGGAUAGCAAUGAGUUGCAACUUGAAAAACAACUACAUUUUUUUUUUCUCCCUAAAGGAGGGUUGGUCGCAAAUUUUAGAAUGAGCAUGUGGGGGGAACCAUGUUAUGUGAUGAAGUUGGGAAUGGAGGUUGCCUAGUAACAGUAAGACGAGGAAACAUAUAGCUAAAGCUUCCAUUCUCCCUUUUAUCCUCAUGAUUCCAAUUUAACUUUUUAAGCCUUGGGCUAACACUGUGGUGGAGCUUCAACCUCCAGUUUGCUCUGGGUUCCAGUUCUCAAAACGUUAUCUCAGCUGUACAAGCAGCCACACACUUGUCGUUUUACAUUCAUAGCACACUUAGCCCAGGUUGUCCCUCAUCUCACAACUGAGU